AUGCAAGAUCAACUUCUCGCAGCCAAGCAAUCUGACAAGAAGCGGAAUCACCGUCAUAUCAUCGACAGUCAAGAAGACAGCGAAGUUUCCACUGAGUUAACCCUUUCUUGCGGGUUCCCAAGCAUGAUCAAGAAACCUAGAAUCACCCAAAUCAGUUCAUCAUCCUCCUGUGGAAUUAAUCAUUCCCUUUAUUUCUUAUUUCACGAUUCCAUCGUCGUUUCAACUCGGCCAGCGAAGGAGGAGGUUUCCACUGAACAAAAACUGUUUGACGAAUAUUGGAACGCUGAUGAUGCCUCUGGAACAAGAAAGGAACCUGAUGGAGUAUCCGAAGAGUCCUCAGAAUUGAAAACGUUGGCUCGAAAUACUGCAAACCAGACAAUUUACAGUCCUGAAGAGGAGAGAAAGAUGAGGCUGAAACAUCCUGUUUGGACUAAACUGGUGCUUUAUGAUCCAUGGAAGAUUAAAAAGAGGCUAACUGGUAGUGAUCUUGGUAACCAUUGCAGACUAUUGGUGGCAUCAGCUUUAGUCAAGGAUCAUAUUUUGCCAUUUAUGAGAAGUGAAACUGUUGAGAAGAUCAAAACAGAAGGUGCUGAAUUUUCCUUUUGGGAUUGUGAUACAAACACCAAGCUGAAUCUUAUUUUGAAGUAUUGGCGAACAUCAAAGAGUUACAUCUUCAACAAAGGGUGGCUGAAUAAUUUUGUGAAGAGAAGGAACUUGGUUGAAGGAGAUUUGAUUGGGAUUUACUGGGAUUCAACAGGAAAAAUAUUCAACUUUUCUGUGCUUGAGAGAGCUUCUGAUGUGUAUCCAUGA